CCUUGCUCGUGUGACGAGUGUGACGAGGAGAUUAAGCGCGUUGAUGAGCGCAGCGGUUGGUUACCGCGUGGCUGGAUACUGGGAACUGCUGGGGCAGGACCAACAACACUAGGAUGUUGGUUGUGGUCGGAGGCCUGACCUUAGCCGGGGGCUUGUAUAAGAAUUGGAUGGCACUUGUGGUGCUUGGGAGGAUGUCCCUGGGACGAAAGUUCCUUUUGUUCACGACACGAUCAGCGAUGGUGUCUCCUGAGCGACUUCGCGAUGCGCCUUUGCGCCUUUUCCGUUCUUUCCACCCGAACAUAUUCAUGUUCCUGCGUGAGGCAGGUAUCUAUGAUCCGGAGGGGUUUCUUGGCCUGCUCCGACGGACAGGAGCGGUGGUGACAGGAUGGGUGCCGACACUUGUCCUGGCUAGGGGCGUCUUCCCGGAGGCACACGACGAGCCGGAUUUGGAGGAUGGGACGACGAUCUUGGUGCAUCAGGACCACUUGGCGACAAUACAGCGUUUCUUUGUGGAGAACGCUUCGCGAUAUUGCGGUCCGCGGGUGGAGGACCUUUGUUGUACGACUGGGUCGGCUGGAUCGGGGCCUGGGCCCCUCAUGAGUGUGAUCGUUCCGGUGUCGGACGAGGAGGUCAGGGAGUCUCGGUGUCGGAGCUUGCAGGAUCUGGCGAUGCAGCUGUGUGCGCACACGGCCGAGGCCGUUUUUCUGUCAGGGACGGGAUUGUUCUGUCCUUUUCCCUACUCGGCGCUGUAUCACCACCGGGGGGUGAACAUGUUCUCGUUGAGUCUUAGGCAGGAGCGCGCGAACGUGAGCCGGCUCUUCUUUGAGAGGCGUGGAUAUGUCAUUGGCAAUGAUGCGUGGGAGCUGGACUUGGAUCACUUGUCAGAGUUGGGGGAUCGGAGAGCGCCUAUGGAUGGCUUCAGCCUUUUUGCUACGUGGAGUCCGGAUGGUUACUUGUGGACUGGUGGGACGGCUGAGGCAGAGGCUGCCAGGUUCUGGAACACAAUUCGAUUGGGUGGUGCGCAACUAGACCGGGCGGUCCAGGUGGUGGAGAGUCCGAAGGAGUAGUCACUGUGGUGCAGUUCAAUUCAAUCAGAGUGGAGCUGUGUCUUGUGUGGAGCACAACACCAAAAAGGAUCGUGAGAUCUGCUAAACCCUAACAAAGUGGAGCUUCAUUCAAUCCAAG